AUGGAUGAUCAGUGCAAGAAGGGCGUCGUGUUCCUCUUGAGCUCCGAUGAUCGACGCUUAUACUUCGCUGCUCAGCCUAACGCCGGUUUCAAUUCUGAUGAACUGCAAUCAAUAAUCGAUACAAAUGAGAUGCAACUCCAAACAGGAAAUUUCGUCGGAGCUCUUGUGAACAUCUUCAAAGAAGUUGGCAAGCGAUCAGAAUUCGUGGAACCGACGACACUACCUAAGCCACACUACAAUUCUAUUGCUACAGCGGUGUACUCUUCUCUAUUAUUACUGCUUGUAUCGUUCCUGGUUAUGUAA